CGAAUGCAAAGACAUCUGCCUAUCUAAUGCCAUUUAAAUACAACCGCAUAGAGUCUCAGGACGUUCAUAAUAAGCUUCAAGUCCGCAUUACUCACCCUUGCAGUGCUUCAUCUCGGUGAUCACAAGCAGCACGACCUACAUACACCCCUGGUCACAAUACUCCGCCGCCCAUGUCUUCGCGUCCACCGUCGGCGGGCGGCACUACGGACCCCGCAUCACGUCCGCAAUGGGCAUCAGUCGCGCCGGCUGGCUCACAGUCUGUGCCAUUCUCCUCGUCCUUGGCGCGCGCCGGCGCCGGGGGCGACGGUGCGAGCACGCCGCCGGUGGUCCGGUCACCCGCUCCCUUGACACGGCCGAGCACGCCCAUAUCUGCAGGUGGGGGUGCGCUGCUGGGCGCGAGCGGAAGCAGCAGCGGGAAACCGGCGAAGGGUAGAGUGCAUUGGCAGGGCACAACGAGAGGCGAUGCACCGCGCAGCGCUACACGCUCGCAGUUCGCUUUUGCGCCAGCUUCUACUUCUAGCGACGCCGAGGCGGAGGGCAGCGAAUUGGAGCGGGCGCACUCAGAGAGGGCUGGCGCCGGCGGUAGCGACAGCAUUCAAUAUGCCAAUGGCGAUUCCAGCAUCAGCAUCGGCGGCUUGGAGAAGGUCGCAGCGAGCAAGUCUCAGCCGAUGAGCAGCAGCGCUUCAGCGCCUGGCCAGCGGUUCCGCGUCUUGGGCGGCAGAGGGCCGGGGCCGACUGUCAUGGUGCGCGGUGGUGCGCAUGGGCCGAUGGCUGUUUCCCAAGGUGGUGCAAGAGGCCUACCGUCGCAGCUGACUGUGCAGCGACAAGGUAGCCAAGGCGCAGGGUCGGACUCAGCUGCCCCUCCGCCUGUAGGUGACGCACCUUCUGACGUGCAGCCGCGGGGCGAAGACAAGCAGGCAACAGAGCAAGCUCAAACAUGCCCUCUCCUGCGUCCGACGCCUGUGCACACGACACGCGCAACGUCCAGCAGCAGCCUGAUGCGUGUGAACCAUCCAGGCCCACUUAUGCUCGAUAAGCGGUUGUCCAAUCUUUCCGGCAUACCGCCAACCGAGCGUGGACCGAACGCGUUCGGCCUCCACGAUGAGAGCACAUCCAGCGGCACCGGUGCCGGCGGCGUCGCGGGCUUCCCGACCAACGGGCACAGAUCUAGCGAGACGAUGCCCAGUGGCAUGCUGUCCGCUCCAGCCGUCAAGGAUGCGCAGCUCGAGCUGACCCAUACGCUGUCCGAGCAGUUCACCCCGCCUCCUGCGAAUGGAGGGUCAGUGCCUGUCGCACCUCCCAAUGCAGGAGGAGCCAGUGGGCUGGGCCUCGUCUUGAGUGGUGCAAAGAGCCUCGACGAGCGAGGACUCGACGAUCGCGCGUUCCUUGAGCUGCAGCGCGAGCUCGAACGGCACGAAGCCGCGCGGAAGCAGGAUGAGCAUGACGCCGGCGCAGCAGCAGUCUCGCAUGCGCCGCCCGCUGCUCAGGACGAUGAUGACGAUGAUGGCGACUCUGACCAAAGCAGGCGGCUGGCGCGAGACGAGGAACACUACGCGCGCCGCAGGUUCCGAGGCAUGAGCGGCUACGCUAGCUCCCGCGCCACAUCCGGCGCGUCGACGCCCGGUGGUUGGUCCACGGACAGCGGCAGCGGCUCGUACAACCCGGCUGCCGAUUCGGACCUCGAGUAUGUCGACAUCGCCCCCGGUGAGGUGGACGGCAUGCCGAGCCGGCGGUCAAGACUCAAGGCGGCGGCGGAUGCGACGAAAGUGGCGACUGAUGCUGGCGAAAGUGAUACGCCUGCUAAGCGCUCAUGGCUCAAGGUCCGCAAGAUGCUCGUCGGAGCGAAGGGCGAUUCAGAUGUCGGGGACGUCGAAAAGGCUGGCCGGCCCGCCAGGGCAUGCGUCGAACCCGACACGGCCGGCCCGACCAACCGCAAGAGUGUUGCAGUCGAGACAAGCAGCGGCGUGCGUGGCACUGACCGCAAACCCCGCCCGACUCGCUAUGAGCGUGAAGCCGCGCGGCUCGUCCGUGCACAUCUGCUCAUGAGGGGCGCGGGAGUAUCGACAGCAGCAGCGACAGCGGGAGUCAGGCGGCACGACGGCGAGGGCGAGUCGUCGAUGCCGCCCCUGUCUUUAUCGCUGGUGCGCGGGCGGAGCAUCAACCGCAAGCACCUGGCGCGCGACUCGGGCGCCAGCACACCCGAUGCGCUCGAGACAAGCACCAACCUCGACGCGCGGCCCGUGCAGUCCGGCGGAGUACUGGGCAACCUGCUGAUGCUAUACGAACAGCAGCAGCACAAGAUGCACGAGGCGGACGAGUCGCGCACGCGCGUUAAUUCUGAAGCAACUAGCGAGGCCAGCGCCAAGCUUGCAGCGCCGCAGGAGCAGCGCGUCGCUGACACGCGCAACGAGGAGCAACACAGAUACGGAUACCGGUACAAUCCGCUUGGCGUCAUCCGGAGGCCGUUCUCGCGCGCUGGCUCGCGCAGCGGCUCACCCGUCUCGACGCCUCGUAUCCGCAAGACGCUCGCAAGCGGCAGCAUGCAGCUUGUCGGCGCCGCUGCCAAAACGGUCAAAGUCGUUGCGAACGAGGCUGGCUUCGAAGAUGUGAUGGAGGAGCGUCCCAAGGCAGCCCGGUCCGAUGCAGGCGUCAUUGGCGCCCUGAUCGCCACGACGGGAAACCUGAUCGGCGCAGUCAGCCCGGCCAGCGCUCAGCUAGGUCCCAACCCCAACCGCUCCGGCUUUACGCUCGACCGCUACCUGCUGCCUGAGAUGAAUGCCAAGACGCUCAAGAGGACAGCUCAGAUCAUCGCGGACGCCUCUGUCCGCCCGUCCAGGAGCCGGCCAGGCACGCCAGGCUCGCGCUCCGGCGCCGCAAGCCCCAUCCCGCGCAUCGACAGCGGCCGCCCAUCUGGCUCCGGAGGCCCCACGUCGCCCACAGGGCUCAAAAAGCGACGCGACGGCACUAGCAGCAGCGGAUUCGCCUUCGGCCCUGACCAGCAUCUCCCAUACAAACGCAGCAGCACGUAUUUUGGCGCGGCGGCGCAUGCGACCGGUACAGCUCUCUCCUCCCUCAGGCCCUGGCUCACGCACUCGACUGUCAAUACCCCAGUAGCCAUCUCCCAGGAUGGGGGUGAUUACUUUGGCGUGGACCCCGGCGAGCUCGACGAAAAGGCACACAAAGCUGAAUGGCAGCGCAAGCUCCGCAAGCGCGCAAAGGAGAAGCGCAGGAAGGAGGAGAUCUUCAUUACGAUGCACGUCGCUGCCAUCUUGCAGCGGCAGCAAUUCAUUCUCAAGCUCGCGCGUGCACUGAUGAUGUUCGGCGCCCCGACACAUCGCAUCGAGACGCAGAUUCAGCAGACGGCGCGUGUUUUGGAGAUUAACUGCCGCUGCAUUUACUUCCCCAACCUGAUGCUUGUCGCGUUCGGUGAUGAUGCUACGCACACGUCCGAAACCAAGUUCAUCAAGCAGGCAGGCGUACUUGACCUGACCAAGCUGACAGACAUGCACACCAUCUACUGGAAAGUCAUCCACGACAAGGUCGGCGUCGAUGAGGCGAGCGGGCAGCUGGACGAGCUGAUGCGUCGCAAGCCGCUGAUCCGCAAGAUCCCCAUGGUCAUCAUCGGCGGAUUUUGCUCUGCAUUCAUCUGCGUCGGGCCGAUGGGCUUCAACGGCUCAUUUGCCGAUGCGCUGCUCGCUUUUCCGCUUGGCGCAUUUCUCGUCUGGUGCCAGAGCAUCAUCACCGCCGAGCUGUACUCGAACGUGUUCGAGAUCGUUUUUGCGGCAGUGAACUCGUUCAUCGCAUCCGCAGCUUACGGUGCGGGGCGUGGGCCGUUCUGCUACUCGGCCAUCGUCUCGGGCUCAAUCGUGUUGAUCCUACCUGGGUUUAUCGUGCUGUCCGGAGCGCUGGAGCUGCAGUCCAAGAACCUCGUCGCUGGUUCGGUGCGGCUGGUGUAUGCAAUCAUCUACUCGCUUCUCCUGGGCUUUGGACUCUCGAUCGGCGCUUCGCUCUGGACGCUCUUCAGCGGGCAAGACAUGGUUGUCACGUCCGCCACUGCUUCGUGCUCGGACGUUCAUGUGGACUUGUGGUACCGCCAAAAGGUCGACAUAUUUUGGGCUUUCCUCACGGUACCCGGGUACAGCAUCUGCUUGUCGCUGCGCAACCAUGCCAAGGUGACGCGCAAAGAGUUCCCCGUCAUGGUCAUCAUCGCCAUUGCAGGUUGGGCGACGAAUCAUUUUCUCGCGCAGCGCAAGCAGCUUGCCACUCGCCAGGACUUUACAGCCAUGCUGGGCUCGCUCGUCGUCGGCCUGCUUGCAAAUCUGUACGGACGAGUUUUCGACGGCAGGGCUUUCGUCGUUUCCGUACCGGGUAUCUUGUACCAGCUGCCGAGCGGCUUGAGCCAAGGCGGCCUGCUUUUGUUCGCCAACAGCUCGUCGGAUGCGAAUUCGACCUUUAGCAAUGGCUUCGCUGUCGCACAGAGUCUGGUGCAGGUUGCCCUUGGUCUUUCUGUCGGCUUGUUCACCGCUACUGUCAUCAGCUAUACGCUCGGCGGCAAAAAGUCCCGCGGUGGCGGUCUCUUUUCAUUUUGAUCGAGUUCCAGUCUGGCAUCCCUAAACAUCACCGCCCAGGAAUCACGGACAUUUCAUCCUUGACCAUCGCAGCCUUCUGUGCAUAUGCAUUGCAACUCAACACCGUCACGUCGUCAU